AUUAAAUGUGUCAGUGUGCGUUAGCUAAGACAUGAUCCACGCUGGGCGACAGCAAACCGUCAUGUUUGUGCAAUCGCUACACAGCUGCUUCAAGCGAAUGCCAUGAAUAGUGCAUGUCAUUGGUUUUCUGAGAAAAAAAAAAUACAACAAUUGAAAUGCAAGCAAUAUUAAAUAUGGAUAACACAGCACCCAUUGUGGGUUCAACCAAAUAUUACACCAUCGAAAACAUCGCUUGGACAAGCUCUAAUGAAACUAUCUAAUCACACAUACACAUACACACACAAGCGCAGCAACCAACAACAUUUGCGUGUGGCUUGACAUUCUACACUGCCAAAUUAUGCCGUUAACCUAACCAAUAACGACGUCGACGACGACAGUCGCGACUUGUAAAUCGUAUGUUGUUAGUAUUAAGGACACAGCGAAAAGUCUAUAGUGCAACGUGAACUAAUAAUAUACGACGCUCUUGACAAUUCACGUUGCCAAAAUAGAAAACCUCCACGAUAUCUCAAACAUUGUUUAGAGUGCAGUGAUUAGUUUUACACCAAAAAGAACAAAGAUUUUCAUCGUUGAAAGUGUUUGAUUACAACAAUAAUAGAAAAAGUAGUUUAGGAAAAACAACAGCAGAAGAAAAUCCAUUCGGAGAUUAACGCAUUGCGACGGCGGAAAAAGAAAAAAAGGGAUAACGGUACACCAACAUUAUGGGGGAAUGAUUUAUGUAAUUAAUUUAACUAUCUAUUUGGAAUGUUGUUUGUUGGUUUUGGGAUGUCAGUGAAUUUGAAGCAAUUUUUGGUGUUAAAAUUUACACGACCAAAUGAUUCUCAUCUCUAAACGGACUAUUAUUGUGAUCUGAUUACAAAGUGACUUAUCUCCAAUAAACACUUUUUUUUUUCUUUUAAAUUGGUUGCUAUUUGCAAAUCAAGUAAUUUCUUUUGGAUCCUUCAAGUGAACGUGUUGGAAAAUACUCCGAGAGUAUCAAGGGAGUGUCCAUAGGUGAACGUCCGCAAAAUUUGCAUUUUGAUUCACUUCAUACCGAAUAAGCUGGGUCUGUGAAAAUGCGCUGGGGUUGGGCAUAUGACGGUGUCAAUGGUUCCAUUCCACGCAACACGGGUUUCGAAUGUGUCAAUUACUUAACAACGACUCGACACAUUGCCGAAAGUUUAACUCUAAUUCCCGUUGCAAUAUGUAUUUUCAAAUAUGGAAUGUCAAAACUCCCUCCAUUGCAAAUCAAUUAUACUGGCACCGAUCGCAUUGUGUUCGGCAAGCAAUUGCUAUUGAUCACCAUGACAUUUUUGUUGGGCCUAGAAAUGGGCUUUAAACUGUGCACACGCACCGCAAUUUAUAUUCUGAAUCCAUGCCAUGUGACUUCAAUGCUUCAAGUGUAUUUAUUGGCAGCAAAACCAUCCAAAUGGACCACGACAUUGUUUCGGAUACACAUCAACUAUUUGAAUGGACCAUUGUUGGCAUUUUUAUUCCCCGAACAUGAAUCCAGGAAAAUCACAUUUGAGCUACCCACUUAUUAUAUCCAACAUGGCUUAAUGUUUGUGAUUCCAAUUUAUCUACUGCGACAUGGAGGCCCUUAUGCAGCCGAAAAAUUGACGGAUCUCAGCUACAGCAUUGCAGCGUAUGGCAUUUUCAUUUUCUAUCAUUAUGGAAUUUUGGAGUUUUUUGCAGUGUCAGCGCAAGUUAAUUUAAAUCAUAUGAUCUGUCCGGCCAUUUUGGAUCCAUUUCAAGGCGCCAACUAUCGACUGAUAGCAUGCAUGCAUCAAAUGCUCUUAUGCCCAAUUGUAUCGAAAUUUUUCGGUUAUAUGUUUUCGCCGGAAUCAAUCGAAACAACUGGAACGACGCAUCAAAAAAGUUCACCACAAAAAGGGAUUCAUGAGAUUAAACUGAAAAAAAGUGCGUUCGCAAAUCGACAAGAGGUCAAAGACAUUCAAUCUUGCCAGCUGCAAAAUGUGGCCCACAACAAUUUGGCAGACAAAAAUAAUGGAUCGACACAUACCAAUGAGAUACGGACGAAAACGAUGACAUCGGUGUCGGAUUCACACAACGAAAGUAAUGCAAAGAAUGUGAAUGCAAAGCAAAGUGAAAACGGUUGUGAUAUUGGUUAUAGUCUAUUGAGUGAUGCAUCAGUACAAUGCGCAAAUGAUAGCAAUAAAAAGACACAAUAAUUUAAUCAAGCCAGUCUCAAAGAUAUACAAAACCAAAAUCGAACAGUAGCCGAUUACAGGGCAAAUGAAAUGAGAACAUUUUUAAAUAAUACUUCCCAUAAUUAUAAUUCAAGCUAAUCAGCUGUUUGCUAAACAAAACCAAAUCCAUUGCAGAUACAAACGAUAAAGCUUAAUGCCCUGGCAAAGUGUAAAGUAAAUACAGCGUUGACGUGAACUACACGUUCAAAUCAUUUGAAUUCGCAACUGUUUCUGCUUUGGAUUUAAUUUGUAAUAUAGACUCUUCAUUUUCCUCAAUUCUACUUCAAUUGUUAAUAUCGUGCACGGUUUGCAAUUUGAACACAGAAAAAAUGCAAAUUAAACCAGAUUUCAGGUGAACAAACAGUAGGCUCCUUCAGAUAAAUUGACUGUAUACAUUUGAAACGAGAAAAAACACAGAGUACAGACAGCAAAAUAUACAUACACACACACACACACACACACAUUCAGUAGCCGAUGAAUCAAAAGAUUUUAUGAAAAAAAAAGUUUCACAUUCAGAGUAUUUAGAGAAAUGUGAGAUAUUUUUUUUUCUUCAACAUUUCUUUUAUUGCAUCUCAAUGCGUCUAUUUCAUAUUAGCUUGUACAAAAAUUAGACAUCGCUUUGGGUAUGAGAGAUGGUAAAAGUGAAUUGAUCGUAUAUUAUCUCUUAAAUUAUUGAAUAAAAAAAACGAUUUCCAAUUAAAUUAAAACUCAUUUCAAUUAGGAUUCGCAACUGCGUUACAUGCAUGCAUUUCUUUAAAUUUUUGAUGCUUUUCGAGAGCGCAAUAUUAGGGCAUUAACCAAUUCUUAGCUAAGUCUAACACAGACGAUUUGCUUUAUUGUACAUAUAAACUAGUGAGAAUUAUGCUUCAAAUGAACAUGUUGCGAAAUCUGUUCGCCUAUGAUGGAAUGUGCAAUGCAUGAUAAAAUAAAGACUAAACUGAACGACUGUUUAUGAUCGACAGCUAUUCUAAAAAUGAAAUAACAAAGAAAAAAUACUAACAAUAUUAUUGUAAGGAAUCAACAGUCUAACGAAAUGUGCUGACAUUUCGCAAAUCAAACUCAAUGGUAUUGGAUAUCUGAGAACGAGGCUUGCAAAUAAAAAUAAAAAUAAAAAUACCAUACUUACAUACUUAUCUUAUUUUUAAAAGAAAAUUUCUUAACUUUGUAAGCACAUGCAUUACGUAGUUGAGGACUUGAAAAUAAAUCAUUUUAAUUUUAACGUUUUGUGGUGAAAUAAAGCACCAUGAACUGAUGUGAAGAAGCAAAUAUUCAAGGUGAUCCCAAUAAAAUACGAACUCAUGCUUUUUCCAUGCAAUAUAAGUCCAAAAAUACGUACUCGUGCAACGAUUGCAUUUCAAAACCAUAACCCGACUACGAUUUAUACCAUAUUGUUAUAUUUCUGAUCAUUUUUUAUUUAUGUCUUAGCACUUUUAUCAAUUUGUUCUCUACCAAUCAGCAAAGCAAAUUGCAUUCUUAUGACUGGAUUAGAUCUGCAUUUUUUAUGCGAUGAAUUUUAGUUUCUAGGUUCAUGAUGUAUAUUUCAAUGUAUUUUUUUUCUGUUUCGAAAACCAAUCAAAUAGAAAUGGAAAAUAAUUAAACUUACAUUCAAAUCAA